GUUUAUUUUCGUCUCGCAGUUAGUCAAAUUGCAUCGUCGUACGCGUACAUACAAUAAACGCAUACGCGUAGAUACAUAUACAACAUAAAUUCAUAAAUUCAUCUGUGCAUACUCCACCAAAGUGUUAACUAGUUUGCAACUUUAAGUUGAAUCGCCUUGUACUUAUUUUACAAAGUAUAUUUUUGUACAUUUGAACGCGUUUAUCGUUAUUGUGCUUGUGAUUUUGGAGAACUGCACGUUUGAUUGAGCAACACUUUUCACUGGAUUUCCGUCAUAAAAGAAUCAGCCCACCAACGCCAACGAAAACGCCUACACACAACCACACACACACUACACCAACAGCAACAGCAACAGUCGCAUGCACGAGUAGUGGUUAAAACGCUUAGUAGUGUGCGUGAAAAGCAACAGCAACAACAAAGUUUAAACAUUAUUAUACAACGUAAGCGAAGGUGUUGGACAAACAGCUGAAAAACACUAAUAACAGCGCGCCAACAAAUAUUAACGACAGCGUUCAUCAUAAAAAGUAGCAACAAAAGUGUGUAAACAACUACUUAAACAGCCAACGAAACAACUACAAAUUAAGUGCGCACACAGCACACACACACGUCUGGCCGCUGAGAAAUAAAGUGUCAAAGCGAAGCGAUUUAAAUCACUUCGCCGCCACCAACGCACCAACACACACAAACAACAUAUCCACAGCGAACACACAAACGAACAGCGCGACAUCGCCUUCGUUGAAAAGCGUUUCGCACACAGUCCACCCUCCGCGCUAGGAAAACGCCCAGCGUUAGUACUGUUAUCGGCCGCAAUUGCACGCACACAGCGACAGCGCGCAGCACCAAUACGAGUGCACCAAAAGCAGCCGACACCUUUACAGCGAGUGACACCAACACACUGCACCGCUGCCCGCCUAGAUAACUAAUACGCUCGUAAUUAACGCGCACUCAGCCAGCAGUCAGCGCGCCGCACGUCGUGCUAUCAGUUGAUUUGUUCGUUUAAGCACCGCGCGUCAUACGUCGCACGCCGCGCAACGUCGACUACUCGUCUUGUAGUCUCUCCAGCAAAUAGCGAGUGCAACAUUGACUCCCCCGCCUUGGGGUUAAUAACGGUGUUAUUCACUACUUGUUUUAAUUAUUGCCAGCGCAGAGUGAGCUUGCGCUUUGUCUAAGCGUUCAAGUAGCCAUAACGGUUCCAUUGGGGAGCGCGAGCGUAAUUAGAAAGUCGAGUGCACACAUACACACGCGCACGCGCUUAGCUGAAAUAAAACGACACAUAGGCACACACACACAAGUGCAGCAGCAGCAGCAAUAGCAAUAGCAACAGCAAAGCCAAAAGCAACGACAAAAUGUUCGCUGUAAUGAGAAUCGACAACGAUGACUGCCGGUCGGAUUUCCGCCGCAAGAUGCGUCCAAAGUGUGAGUUCAUUUGCAAGUACUGCCAGCGGCGUUUCACCAAACCCUACAAUCUGAUGAUUCACGAGCGCACCCACAAAUCACCCGAGAUAACGUACUCCUGCGAGGUCUGCGGCAAAUACUUCAAGCAACGCGACAACCUGCGUCAACACAGAUGUAGUCAAUGUGUAUGGCGAUAAACAGCAAACGCCAGCGCAAACUUAAGCACUUCUUCUCUCAUGCACUUAAAUUAAAAACGCUAAAGCGAAAAAGCAAAAACAUCAAACAAAAUAUAAAUAUGACAUACCUACAUACAUAUAUAAAUCACCUAAAACCCAGCUAUAUAAAGCAAGCACAAAUGUUGCACACACGCACGCAUGCACAUAUGCUCUUACCACCACUUGCACUUUGCACGCAAACAAACAGAAACAACAGCAACAAUAAUUUGGCAAAAUAUUUAAAUAAGUAAUAAUAAAGUAAAGCGGACUGCAAACCUGGCAAACGCUCUUGGCGCGGCGCUGCAACCGAUCUCCAUGUGGUGGCGCAUGGCCUCGGCCUCCGCGGUGGUGUAUGGGGUUUUUGGUGGCUUGGAAAUGUUUGAAUUGAACUUGUGGUGUUUGGUGUUAUUGACGGCGGCAGAUUAAGUGAAGCUUCCCUUUACGGAUCAUCAAAGAAAGUAAACCUGUAAAUACAUACAUGCAUACAUAUAAGCGGCCGCCUGCGCGUCAGUCAAUUUCCCACAGUUUCUGGCAGUUUGAAGUAUGCACAUGGAUACUUGCGGACGCAUGUACUAAACAAGCCAACAAAGCUCGCGAAAAAUCCAAGCAAACAACAUAUAUAUGUAUGUAACAAAGCAAUGCUUCAACUAAUUACCCAACUGGAAUAACAGUAGAUAAAUAAGUACAUAUGUACAACAACAGCAAUCAAGAUCCACAUAGAUCCACCCAAGAGCCUUCGACGUAAGCCAAUAGUACCACAACUGCUUUCGAUGCAAUUAACUUCGCUUAAUAACAACAACAACCACAAUAUCACCCUCGACAUCGACUUCAACUGCGACGCUGUCCCGAAAGCGCAAUCAAGCGACGACUUUUUGCGUUUUUUAACUUCAGCGCCACGCAGCGCGUCCAAAAGCCAGCGUCGAACGAAGAAGCAGCAGCAAAG